AAAAGAAUUCACCUAACUCAUUAGAAAGCAAAUCGUAUAUUUCCAGUCAAAGGUGAUAAAAGAUUUUGUUUGACUGAAUUAAAUCAUAGUAUUAACUUGAAAAUCCAAUCGUGCAUAGCAAGCUUUGAGUUGCUGACGGAGUAGACGAUCUCAUCUUAAUCAAUCACAACCGGACAUCUGUACUUCACUCUUCCAAAAUCAAAGAUUCAAAACCUAGCUUUUUACCCACACAUCAUUCACUAAUCACCGUCGCCCAUGGCCAAAAGAAUCCGCCGGAAAUUCCUCUUUCAGUCGGAGUCUCCAACCGACACCGUUCCUCUCUCUCCCUCGUCCUCCUCCAAGAUUCCGUUCCGAUCCACAAAAGUUCGUAAGAUUUCCUCCAAUCAAGAACCGGCCAAACCACAAUUUUCAGCUCCCGACGGUUAUAACCCGACCCGAACAUUCCCGAACCUGGCCGAUCCCGUCAAAUCGUCGUCGUCUUUGGAUGAAAUUUCUACAGCGAUCAAUCAUUUACGUCGUUCGGAUCCUCUUCUGAUAAGUUUACUAGAUUCCUGCGAAUCACCCCAUUUCAAGUCUAAUCCACCGUUCUUAGCACUAACGAAGAGCAUCCUCUACCAACAACUCGCAACAAAGGCCGCCGAAUCGAUCUACAAUCGCUUCGCCUCGCUAUGCGGCGGAGAGGCGUCGGUACUGCCGGACACCGUGCUCGGACUCUCGCCGCAACAGCUGCGAGUAGUCGGAGUUUCGGGGAGGAAAGCAAGUUACCUCCAUGACCUAGCGACGAAAUUCAUAGAGGGGAAUUUAUCAAAUUCAUUGAUUCUGGAGAUGGACGACGAGACUCUAUUGGGGGAGUUGACGGCGGUGAAGGGAAUCGGCGUUUGGUCGGUGCAUAUGUUCAUGAUAUUUACUCUGCAUCGGCCGGAUGUGCUGCCGGUGGGGGAUUUGGGAGUGAGAAAAGGGGUGCAGAGGUUGUACGGACUAAAGGAUUUGCCGAAGCCGGCGGAGAUGGAGAAACUUUGUGAAAAAUGGAAGCCUUACAGAUCGAUCGGAGCUUGGUAUAUGUGGAGGCUAAUGGAAGAGAAGGGAGUUGUGAAGAAGGGUUCUGAUUUACCGGAUAACAUGGAAAACAGGGGGUAGCUUUGUAAUGUGAAUUUUGAAUCAGUGAUUUUUGAAUUUGGGCUAAUUUUUGUGUUUGUGUAAUUUCAAGAACUCAACGCUAAAAUGUGUUUGAAUUCUUUGAUGAUUCUCUCAUCUCAUGUUGAAUUAGUUGAAAUUUAUGAAGAAUCCUUUGAUCUUGCACAA